UGUCCUCUCUUCCCCCUCCCCGGCGCGGCGUCCUUUCGUUGUCGCGUGACACGGCAGCGCCGGAAGGAGACGGAAUCCCGCGCCGUCUCUGGAGCCGGCCGGGAAGAAUCCCUGUGAGUCCCUCACUAAUUCCCUCCUGACGCGUCCCCGCAACACCGGAAGGAGUCCGCCGGAGCUGCGCUCUCUUUGCGUGCAAGGAGGCGGGGCACAAGCCUGGGCCGGCGGCGACUGGUUCCCCGGAGGACCGGCCGGGUGCCGACCGCGAGCAGCGUGGGGCGCCGCCAACGUGUCUGUCUUAAUUUUGUCUCCUCUCGCUUAGCCUUAAUUUCAGGUGCGUGCAGGCGGCUUUUAAGGGCAAGGCUGAGCUGCCGGGUGUGCUUUGCGAAAGAGUCCAGGUUCUGCUAGGCUCCCUAACAGAAAACGGGACUGCUGCGUCUUUUCUCCCUCCCGCCGGGGGAUUUUGGCCCUCAGAGGUGACCGCCAGCCCCAUUUCGUGUCCUGUUCCCUUUUUCCAGAGGGGUGAGAGGAGGAGGUGCUCCCUGCAGCUGUGGCAGGGCUCCAGGGCAAGCCAAGAUGAAGUUGGUACGCAAGGACAUUGAAAAAGACAAUGCUGGGCAGGUGACGCUGAUCCCCGAAGAUGCUGAGGACAUAUGGCACACCUACAACCUGCUGCAGGUGGGUGACAGCUUGAGGGCCUCCACCAUCCGCAAGGUGCAGACCGAGUCGGCCACGGGCAGCGUGGGCAGCAACCGCAUCCGCACCACUCUCACGCUGUGCGUGGAGACGAUUGACUUUGACUCGCAGGCGUGCCAGCUGCGUGUCAAAGGGACCAACAUCCAGGAGAAUGAGUACGUCAAGAUGGGGGCUUACCACACCAUCGAGCUGGAGCCCAACCGACAAUUCACCCUAGCUAAAAAGCAAUGGGACAGUGUGGUGCUAGAAAGAAUUGAGCAGGCCUGCGAUCCGGCUUGGAGUGCUGAUGUCGCUGCUGUGGUGAUGCAAGAAGGUCUGGCCCACGUCUGUCUGGUCACACCAAGCAUGACUCUGACUCGGGCCAAGGUUGAGGUGAACAUUCCUAGAAAGCGAAGGGGAAACUGCACUCAACAUGAUCGAGCACUGGAGAGAUUCUACGAGCAGGUGAUGCAAGCAAUUCAGCGUCACAUCAACUUUGAGAUUGUGAAGUGUGUGCUUGUGGCCAGCCCAGGCUUUGUGAGGGAGCAGUUUUGUGACUACAUGUUCCAGCAAGCUGUCAAGACAGACAACAAAUUGUUUAUAGAGAACCGCUCCAAAUUCUUGCAGGUGCAUUCUUCCUCUGGUCAUAAAUAUGCAUUGAAGGAAGCUCUCUGUGACCCAGCUGUGACUAGUCGACUUGCUGAUACUAAAGCAGCUGGUGAAGUCAAAGCUUUAGAUGAUUUCUACAAGAUGUUACAAAAUGAGCCUGACCGGGCUUUUUAUGGUCUCAAGCAUGUGGAAAAGGCCAAUGAAGCCUUGGCUAUUGAUACUUUAUUGAUCAGUGACGAACUUUUCAGGCAUCAAGAUGUGGCUACCCGCAGUCGGUAUGUGCGGCUAGUAGAUAGUGUGCGUGAGAACAUGGGCACUGUUCGCAUCUUCUCUAGCCUUCAUGUGUCUGGGGAGCAGCUUGGGCAGCUGACUGGUGUGGCUGCCAUUUUGCGUUUCCCUGUUGCUGAGCUCUCUGACCAGGAGGAUGAAUCCAGUUCUGAAGAAGAUUGAUGGUCCACCCUUUUCCUACCACCUAGCAAGACUAUUGCAGCAGUUGGGGUCUUCUCCCAAAAAUAUAAGCCUUUGUAUCAUGCCUUACAAUAUUUUUAAUAGAACUUUUUGACUGGUGGAGUAAGCAUCUAAUCCAGUGCUCACUGCAGCAUAUUUAUAUAUUUCCCUUGCUGUGAUGUUAAUUAUUAUGAUUGUAUGUACAAAUGACCCUGCAGAUGUACCUAACAAAACUGGACUGACACAAAAAUCAAAUUUGCCUCUGCAGUUGUACUUUAAAUUGAAUGCUUCAGCUAAUGAGUGAACAUCACCGGUGUUCUAUGAAACACGUACAACAAAUAAAGUAAAAUAAACCCAAACCAAGGAAAAUAUUGUCUUAAGUCCUAUUUCUGUUUUGCAACAAAAUAGGUAUAUUCCCCUUGCUCGCAUGGGAAUCUGUGUCAAAGCUAAGACAUAACCAUUUUUCAUUCAAGUGUUUUAGUAAAUGGGGAUGAACUAGGGAUGAUAUGACAGAAAUGCAAAGCUCUGUGCCUGUAUAAGUUGCUCUCUGGCCCUGCUUGAGUUUGACAUUUUUGCUUCCAUAAAUAGUUAUUUUAAAUUGUUUUUCAAUCCUCAGGAUUUUAGGCAGUGGUUCACCUUCUGAGUUGUCCAUAUUGCUUAAAUAUGCCAUUGUUAUGACUGCCAUCAUUUGGAACAUAUUUCUCAUGGCCUUAUAGUUCAUAAAGUGAAUUUUUUUUUUAGAGAAUAGCAUAAUUACUAAAAAGCAAACCGUAUGUUUUAAUAAAAUAUUGGCAACCAGCA